CAGUAUGCUAUGUAUUUAUAGACUGGCUGAUAAGUAUUUCACUGCAUGAUGUACAUACAGUCCUGGACACACACUGGAAGGGGAGCAAAGUGCAUUAUGUAAAGUAUAGAGGGUACGUUGUCUGUUGGAUACUCCUUCCUUGGAGUUCGGCAGCUGAGAAUCAUGGAUGAAGCAGCCUUUUCCCUGGGGAUCGCGGAUAUUUCCUACCUGCCUAAUCUGGGUGAUUAUACAAGUGGAAGGUGGAAGAACAGCACAGAAGAAUGGGGUGAGCACAUUUCCAGUCCUGCCGUAUUCCGAUCCGCGACGCUGAACUGGAAAGAGACUUUGAUGAACAGAAAGCGUCCGUUUGUGGGCCGGUGUUGCUAUGUCUGCAGUCCUGUAAGCCGGGAAAAGUUUUACAACCCCAGCAUCCCAUCUUUGGGUCUGCGUAACGUUAUCUACAUAAAUGAAACGCACACAAGGCACCGCGGCUGGCUCGCUCGUCGCCUUUGUUAUGUACUUUUUGUACAGGAACGAGAUGUAAACAAGAGCAUGUUCUGUAGUAACAUGGCCGAAACGGUGCUGAAUCAAACCAGAGUCCAAAAAGCCAUAGAAGACGUUGCCUCUGAGAUGAGUUCUUCAGGGAAGCCUGAUCCAAAGUCUGUUAGCAAAGUAAAGAGGAAAGCCAAGAAAAUUUUGCAAGAAAUGGUUGCAUCCAUCUCUCCUGCAAUGAUAAGGCUGACCGGGUGGGUUCUCUUAAAACUAUUCAACAGUUUCUUCUGGAACAUUCAGGUUCAUAAAGGCCAGCUGGAGAUGGUGAAAAAAGCAUCUUCAGAGAUGAACACCCCGCUUGUUUUCUUGCCUGUCCACAAGUCUCACAUUGACUACCUGCUCCUCACCUUCGUCUUGUUCUGCCACAAUAUCAAAGCUCCGCACAUUGCCGCAGGGAACAACCUCAACAUCCCCAUCUUCAGCACUUUAAUUCACUUACUGGGAGGAUUUUUCAUAAGGCGCAAGCUUGAUGAGACCCGAGAUGGGAAGAAAGACAUCCUGUAUAGGUCUUUGCUGCAAGGGUACAUUGAAGAAUUGCUGAAUAAGCAUCAGUUUCUGGAGAUCUUCUUGGAAGGAACUCGAUCACGCAGUGGAAAGACCUCCUGCGGCCGAGCUGGUCUACUUUCGGUCAUCGUAGAUACUGUCUGUAAUGGCUCUACCCCUGACGUUCUCAUCAUACCAGUAGGAGUCUCGUAUGACCGAAUCAUCGAGGGACAUUAUAAUGGAGAGCAGCUGGGCAAACCUAAGAAAGAUGAAAGCUUGUGGAGCAUCGCUAGAGGAGUUUUUCGAAUGCUGAGAAAGAACUAUGGCUGCGUCCGUGUUGAUUUUGCACAACCUUUUUCCUUAAAGGAAUAUCUAGAGAAUCAACGGCAAAAACCUUUGUCAGGGCUGCAGCGAUUAGAACAAACUCUGUUACCAGCCAUACUUUCCGACAGACCAAUUGAUGCUGUAAGUGAAAAUGAAGUGGUUGCUCUUCCUGACCAAAGGAACUCUGCAAACGACCCUCUCAGGAGACAGAUGAUUACAGACCUGGCCAAUCAUGUGCUUUAUACUGCUGAGAAGUGCUGUGCUGUGAUGUCAACUCAUAUUGUUGCCUGCUUGUUAUUGUAUCGCUAUCGGAAGGGGGUUACUCUUUCGGUUUUGGUGGAAGAUUUUUUCUCCAUGAAAGAGGAGGUAUUGUCCAGGGACUUUGACCUGGGUUUUUCAGGCAGUUCUGAAGAUGUGGUUAUGCAUGCCAUCCACCUUCUGGCUAAUUCGGUGAACAUCAGCCACACUGCCCACGGCAAUGAGUUCUUCAUUGCGCCCAACACUGGCAUUCCCGCUGUGUUUGAGUUAAAUUUUUAUAGUAACGGAGUCCUGCAUGUUUACAUCAUGGAAGCGAUUGUUGCCUGCGCACUGCAUGUUGAACUUCGCAGGAAAAAUCUGGAAGGUUCACCUGAUGCCUCCAGCUUUGCUGUCAGUCAGGAGAGACUCAUCCGUACAGCAGCCAACUUGUGCUAUCUCCUAUCUAACGAAGUUAUCCUAGCUCUGCCUUGUCAGAUGUAUUAUCAAGUUUGUCAUGAGGCUGUGCAGCGGUUAAUCACAUGUGGAAUCAUCCUGGUUGCAGAGGAAGACCAGGAGGACGGAAGCCCCAAUUCUGCUGAGAACGCGUGGGAAAACAAGCUUCCUAAUCACCUGCCUUGGAGGAAUGAAGAUGAGGAUGAAGACAGUGAUUUUGGAGAGGAGCAAAGAGAUCGAUAUUUAAAGGUGAGCUCAUUGCCAGAACACCAGCAAUUUGUUAUGUUCCUGCGGAGGCUCCUAGGUCCAAUUCUUGAGGCUUACAGCUCUGCCGCUUCCUUUAUUCACAAUUUUGAGGGUCCGGUUUCGGAGAAACAAUACACGCAGAGUCUGCACAGAUAUUUAAUCGCCAGGACCGAGAAAUCUGUUGCUGUGUAUGCGGAAAGCGCCACGCUGUGUCUUGCUAAAAACGCUGUGAAAAUCUUUGUGGAUCUUGGGGUUUUCCAAGUCCAUAAAGAAAGCAGAGAUUCUCUGUUGGACUUAAGCAGCACAUUCCUACCUCAAGGCAACCGGUACAAGCUCUUAGAAUACAUCAUGAGCUUCAUGGAGCUGUAGGUUAGCGCAGCUGGUCUGGUACUGGGAACCUGCUGUGAAAAUCCAUUGAUGAACACCAUGCACUGACAGACAAGUGCCUUGCCGCCAGAUUCAUCCACCCUCCUGCCUGUAGCGGCUGCAGAAUGGAAGUGAAAUGACUUGUGCAACAUGCAAAAAAAAAAAUCCUGAAAGGACCACCAGCGUUCCUGACCCAACAGACCCGUAUCAACUAGUUUAUUUUUCUUUAAAUCACUAUUUAUGUACCGGCGACCCGUGUCUCUUAUGUUAUACCUGGAAGCAGUAACAACGUA